CUCAACCUUCCUCUGUCACAGCAUCAUUCGCUGCACUGAAAACCCUCUGUGUGCCCAAGGUAAGCAAUCUAAUUCAGUCUUCCAGCUUAACUCAGCUGAAAAUGUCGCUCACCCCUUUCUUAGGCAACCGGAACAGUAUCUUCGAUCCUUUCUCCCUUGACAUUUGGGACCCCUUAAAGGAUUUCCCUUUCCCUUCCUCUGCUUCUUCUUCCUCGCUUUUACCCCGUGAAAACUCUGCUUUUGUUAGUACCCGCAUCGACUGGAAGGAAACGCCAGAAGCCCAUGUCUUCAAGGCUGAUCUUCCUGGCCUUAGAAAAGAAGAAGUGAAGGUUGAGAUUGAAGAUGAUCGGGUGCUUCAAAUUAGCGGAGAAAGGCAUGUGGAGAAGGAAGACAAGAACGAUACUUGGCAUCGCGUGGAACGCAGCAGCGGGAAAUUCGCUAGGAGGUUUAGGCUACCGGAGAAUGCCAAGAUGGAUCAGGUUAAGGCUUCCAUGGAAAAUGGGGUUCUUACUGUGACUGUUCCCAAGGUGGAGGUCAAGAAACCUGAUGUCAAGUCUGUUGAAAUUUCUGGCUGAGGGUUUCAAGUUAAGUGUCAUCUCUCUCGUGCGACAGAGUAUUUACUACGCAUAUAAUAAAUAUUAGGCUUUUGUACUAGGCUGUAAUGCUUCUGUUGUGUGUGUGGAAAGUGCUUGAUAAAAUCAGUUGGCUGUAAUGUGGAGUUGUUUAACCUAAUCUAAUAUGCUUUUGUCUUUUCUGUAGA